GGGCCAGACCUGAAGUCUCAGCCUGGAAUUGGAGCUCAGGGUGGGAAGGGCCUGACCAUGACAGAAUGUUAAGAGGAAUGUCUUUCAGUUACGCGCACCGACCUGCACUCAGACAGGAGCUGGAUCCCCUUUUCCUCACAACUAGAAGGAACUCCGCUUGUGGAUCCGAAAAUGGACGCCCCUCCCACACGUCGGUGAGAGUGAGGUUCCUCACAUUAGCCCCCUCCCCUCAGAUCACCCUAACCCACUCUGACCAUUUCUCUGGACCAACAGGCUGCUAGCGCCUGUGCCCUCCCUACCCAGAGCUGGGAGACUGGCAUUUCUCUCUCUCUCUCUCUCUCCCAGUGCCUCUCCCCAGCCAAUGGGGUGGUGGGGGUGCUGGAUCCGGCCAAUCCACACCCCCGGCUGUGUCACUUUGUCCUCCCCCACCGCCCCAUCCCCCUCUCCCCACCCCCCUCACCCUCCCACACCCUCCCCUCCCUAAACAGCAGAUUAAAAGCGAAGCAAGUCUGCUCCAGCCGCUAGACUUCUGUGUUGGUUUAGAACUGGGCACUGGCGAGGAGGUGGGUGGGGGGGGUGGGGGCGAGACAGCUGAUACAGAAGGGGGCACAUCCCACCCCCUACCCCAUCACCCUAACCCCCCUUCCCCAACCCCUUUCUCACCCAGGCACAUACCCGAGGCGGGUGCACACUCUGCAGGGAGGGAUGGGCACUCUGCCAUGGAAUGGCACCAGUCUUUGGGCUAACGAGAGCCGGACAGAUGCCCCCGGGCAGGGGCAUUCGCCUUGGGCCAACCGCACCAACCAGUUCGCUCAGGCUUCCUGGCAGAUCGGCCUGUGGUCGCUCGCCUACGGCUCGGUGGUGCUGGUGGCGGUGUUGGGGAACCUGGUGGUCAUUUGGGUCAUCCUGGCUCACAAGCGCAUGAGGACGGUCACCAACUGUUUCCUGGUGAACCUCGCCUUCUCGGACGCCUCCAUGGCCGCCUUCAACACCUCGGUCAACUUCAUCUACGCCCUGCACAACGACUGGUAUUUCGGGGAGACUUACUGCCGCUUUCACAACUUCUUCCCCAUCGCUGCAAUGUUCGCCAGCAUCUACUCCAUGGCUGCCAUCGCUAUCGACAGGUACAUGGUAAUUAUACAUCCUUUACAGCCAAGACUGUCAGCAACCACAACAAAAGUCAUUAUUAUGAGCAUCUGGGGUCUGGCUGUCACUCUUGCAUUUCCUCAGUGCUACUAUUCAGAAAUCAAGUAUUACCCAGAACGGGUCCUCUGCCUUUUAAACUGGCCAGGAGAUUUCAUAUACCAAAUUGCUGUUCUUGUCCUGGUGUACCUGCUGCCAUUAGUUGUGAUGGCCAUUACAUACACCAUCAUUGGAUUCACACUGUGGGGUGGGGAAAUUCCUGGCGAUACUGUGGAAAACUACCACGAGCAGCUCAAGGCCAAACGAAAGGUUGUUAAAAUGAUGAUUGUGGUGGUGUUUACCUUCACCAUUUGUUGGCUGCCCUACCACGUCUUCUUUCUCGUGUCCAAACAGCAUUCACAUGUCAACAGCUGGAAGCCCAUACAACAGGUUUACUUAACCGUGUUCUUGUUAGCAAUGAGCUCCAACAUGCACAACCCCAUCAUAUACUGUUGUCUAAACAGCCGAUUUCGAGCAGGAUUCAAGAGGGCUUUUCAAUGGUGCCCCUUUAUUGAAUUUUCCAGCUAUGACAAACUGGAACUGCAAUCAUCCAGAUUUCAGCCCACCCGACAGAAUAGCGCCUAUAUCAUCUCCCGCAUGGAAUCCAACAUGACGGUGGAGUUUGACACGGGGGAGAAUGAUAAUGCAGAGGCUGGCAGUAAAAAGGGCACAACUUUACGGAAUAUGAGUUUUAACGGACACUCUCGAAGUAAUUCGAAGAACGCUUCCAGAAGUUCAAGCUUUUUCAGUCAAGCAAACACGUCUUUGGAUGAAUACUCAUAAAGCUGUAAAUUGUAUUUUAUUAGUCAACUGGGCAUGCUUAAUUGGUGCAGUUCAACAUGGAAGCUAAUUCCUUUGUAGUAGUUUGCCUCAGGUGGAGGCAUUAUUGUGAUAAAUGACCAUGAUGUCAACCCGACUCCAACAAUGAAUCUGGAACCUAGAUUGCUGCUGUAUUGUCAGGAAUGCCAUCCUUUUGAGUGAGAUAAUCGGUCCAUUUUUUGUGGGUUUUUUUUAACCAGUUUUGUGCAAGUAAAACUGAACAUACCGCUCCAUUCUUGCUGUAGAUUCUGACCCAAGGUAGACAGGCAGGAGGCUGGAAGAACACAGCAAGCCAGGAAACAUCAGGAGGUGGAGAAGUUGUCGUUUUGAGUGUAACCUUUCUUCUGGGUUGGGGUUGUGUGUAGAUAAAGGUGGUGGCGGGGGCAAGGUGGGGAUAGGUGAAGACAGGUGGAGAGUACAACCUGGUUAGUCAACAGGAGAAAUGAAUCCGGUUGGUGGCAGGGAGGAGUGGAAGGGAGGGAGAGGGGCUGGGAAGGGAGUCAAGGAAUGGGAAAGGAGGUUAUUUGAAAUUGGGGUACUCAAUGUUGAGUCCUCCAGGCUGUAUAAUGCUGGCCAAAUUUCCUUCCAGGUUUAGGCAAGAGCCUCCACUGACUCUGAAAACUGAGUUCCUUGUUGUUGUGUAGACUGUUCAUGUUCCAGUCAGUCAUCAGGGUAUAUUUUAGGCAAAAGUGAGGACUGCAGAUGCUGGAGAUCAGAGUCUAGAUUAGAGUGGUGCUGGAAAAGCACAGCGGGUCAGACAGCAUCCGAGGAGCAGAAAAAUCAACGUUUCAGGCAAAAGCCCUUCAUCUGGGUAUAUUUUGUCCAUUGUUUUAAGACGUAAGACAGCAUAGCCACUAUUCCUUAAAGGAAGCACUACAAACCACUCAAGAACCACAUUAGUAGUGGUCAAUGAACUGAGGGGGUCAGGGUGGGGUGGAGGGGCUGGUGUUGUGGAGGCAGGAAUGGCACAUACACACUGCCUGGUAAUUGUCUCAUUAACAUAAAAAUCAUCCCCAUUAAGAGAAGCUCACUUCUCUGUUGGGGUAUUCAUCAGUUACAUCCACCCUACAGCACCAGUUGAAGAUGAGCAGAAACUUGUCCCUUCCUAUAACCAUUCCUCAGCCAUCAGCAGAUUAAUUCAGAUUUGCUGAAUUGGGAAUUUCUUUGACUGCAAUUUUGGCUGUGAUGCAUUCCAAACAAAACAAUCAUGCCUGCAGUGUUAAAAUUGUGAAAUGCAUAGAAGCGUGCUGUGACUGUGAUAGGUGCAAUCACAUUGUACUUUUGUUCAACUAUUUUCCCUUUUAAAAUGGGAAGCAGAGUCCAUGGUGUACUUAGCACCUUUUACAAAUGCUCAGUAGCGUGUAUUUUUAUGUGUCAUUUUUGUGAAGUGUGUCAGUAUUGUUUUGUCAAAAUGGAAAUGGCCUGGGAUUUGAAACAGUAUUGCUUUCGAUAAUCCCUCAAGGAUAUUUAAAAAUACAUGCAGGGAUGAAUGUUUACGACUGGGAAUGUGAGGGUUAAGGAAGACAUGCUGAUUAGAGCAGUUACAAAUUGCCUGCAAUUUUGUUUAUUGCAUUAUCUAAACUUCUCAAAUAAUUUCCAAGAUUUUGUGGUAACUCCAGUAACUCUCCAGAAUCCUGAAGGAAUAGGACCUUCAGCUAGAUUUUUAGCCUUGCAGAUCCCUCAAGUGCAUCAAGAGCUUGAAGUUGAACAGAGGAUGAAAUAAGAUUUUUAACAUUUAUUUUACCUUGGAAUGAGGGUAUCCCAGACAAGGCCAUUUACUGUCCAUCCUUCUUCACCUUUGAACUGUAUGGUUUGCCAGACAAUUUCAGAGGACAGUUAAGAGCCAACUACAUAGGUAUAGGCCAGAUCUUAAAUACAUUCAUGGGAUGUGAGUAUCACUGGCUAGACCAGCAUUUAUGGCCAAUCCUAAUUGCCCAGAGGGCAGUUAAGAGUCACUUCUCUGGAGUCAUGUGCAGUUCAAACCAGGUAAGGAUGGUCGAUUUCCUUCCCUAAAGGACAUUAGUGAACCAGAUGGGUUUCCAUAACAACUGAUGAUAGUUUCAUGGGUCUCCAUCAUGGAUACUAGCUUUCACCUCCAGCUUUACGUAGACUGUGAUUCAAAACAGUGUCCAGAGACAGUGUAGAAGCUAAAGCAAUGGAGGACAGCAGUUAACCCAGUUUAUCCCAGUGAGAAAGUGUUCCAAAUGUUGAACAUAUCAGCUAGUUGCCAAGGCAACUAUCAUUGUUAGUAUCUAAACAGUCAGUCACAUUUAUAAGAUACUGCUGAUCUCCACAUGAGAAAGCAUAAAGGCAUAAUAAUGUCACAUUUUGAAUGGCAAUGCUCAUGUAAGACUCCAAAGGACAACCGGAGUUUACUGGAUCCAUGAAAGUUCAAUUACCUGUUGUCACAGAGUGAUGACAUUCACCUUCUUGUAGGGGGAUCUGUAUCCAAAAUUAACUUAAAGUCUCCGAGCAGGUUGAAUUUUACUCUGAAAUGAAGGCUGCAGGAUGCAAGAUAUCUCAUUGGCUGUUCUUAGUGUAAGUAGUGGUGUAUUAACAGUCACUUCUGUAAGCAAUUACUUGAUACCCCGAUGACAAGCAAGGAUUGAGACACUGGAAAAUUUAGUUUUAACAUCACCAAUAAAAUCAUAGAGCUAUAGAACAAUUGACACAGAAAGAGGUAACUUGCUGCAUCGCUGGGUAGCAUCCAUCAGUCUCAUUUCUCCACAUUGAUCCUAAUAAUCCUAUACUGAUAGUCAAAACAGUGUUUGAUCCAUUAUGUGUGCAAGAUAUUAAAUAUUAUAUAUUAGCUGAGCAGAUCCAUGUUAACAUGUUGUUCUAUGCAAGUAAAUGAUAGCUACUUGCUGAUACUCAGGCUCAUUUGGAACCAUGAUCCACAAAUAAUAUUAAGUUAUAAGCUGUAAAGAGUCUUUUAUUCCCAUUUACCUUCUUGUCAUGUUAUAUUUAGUUCAAAGUGCCUGCGUAAGAUUUUGGAAAAGAACACAAAAAAUGGUGGUCCUUCAUCACCUUUCCUUCUCAAAGCAAGCAAUUGUUGCAUUGUUAGCUUUCUAUUUUUUAUUCAUGCUGCAAAUCAAAGAAAAUAUUCACGAUUUAAGGCUUUUUACAAUUUUGCAGUGUGGGUGUUGCAAGGACAGCAUUUAUUUCCUGUCCCUAGUUGCCUGAAAAAUUGAUGACGGAUCACUUUCCUGAACUACUUCAGUUAAAAGAAAAUUAUUAGAAAUGAGUAUCCUAUUAGCCACUGCAGACAGCAGUUAAGAAUGUGGAAUGGGAAUCAUAUGUAGUUCACACCAGAAAGGGUGGCAGAUUUCACAAAAGUGAGCCAGUUAGGUGUUCACAAUAGCAAACAGCUUCAUGUUUAUAUCCAGAUUUUUAAAAGAAACAUCAAUUUGUAAACUACAGUUAUCAAAUUUGCAUUGGAUACUCUGGAUUAACAAACCUAGUAACAUUAUGCUGAAACUAAAAUACCCAGCCAUGCUUUUAAGGGAAAUGAGUUCCAUUCACUGUUGCAACUGCAAUACUACAGCUCAAGUCAGAAAACACAUCAUGUGAUGAACUUCUUACGAGUUAAUGAUGUCCUAACUUGUUCUGAGGGGUGGAAUAUCGGAUAUGUUGAACUUAUUAAACAGUACUGCAAGCAUGAAGACCAGCAAACAGUAGCUGUAAUAUAGGCCAUUAGAUUGUUUCCGAUAAAAGUUCAAGGUCAUCUGGCUUCAUCAUGUUACCAAGGUAUUCAGUGAGAUCAGUCGUAACAAACACACCAUGUGAGUGGUCAUGAUUUGGAGAUGCCGGUGUUGGACUGGGGUGUACAAAGUUAAAAAUCACACAACACCAGGUUAUAGUCCAACAGGUUUGUGUGAUUUUUAACCAUGUGAGUGGUAGAAGCUUUGCUGGGGUCCUAAGUGCUUUAUUUUUCAUUUGUUGCUUUAGGUGGGUGUUGUUGAGAAGGAUGGCAUUUCUUAGCCAUUCCUAAUUGCUCUUGAGAAGAUGGUGGUGAGACAUUAGAGCUGCUUGUAGUCUGUCUUGCGAUGCUAGAAAGAGAUUUUGAGGAAUUUGAUCCAGGGACAUUGAAGGAAAGGUGAUGUAUUUCCAAGUCAGGACGGUUUGUGACUUGGAGGAAACUUGUAGUUGGUUUUGUUUCUAUGGACAUACUGCCCCUGUUCUUCUUUGUGGUAUUGCUCACAGAUUUGAAAGGGGCUACAAAAGAAGCCUUGAUGACUUUCUACAUUGCACCUUCUCAAUGGUACACACUGCAACAAUGCCUCCUUUGCGGUGACCAAAUGGACUGCAACCAAUGAAGGUUUUCCCAAAUUCCAUUGGCUUCAAUUUUUACUGGGGCUCCAUGAUGCCAUACUCGGUCAAAUGUUGCCUUGAGGUCAAGGGCACUCCCUCUCACCUCACCAACACCCCUCCCCCCUCCGCGCCCGCACCCCCCGAAGUUCAGCUGGUCUGCCCAUGUUUGCAUCAAGGAUGGAACAAGAUCAGGAAUUAAGUAAUCAUAGCAGAACCCAAACUGAGCAUCAGUGAUCAGGUUAUUUGAAGUGUUGCUUGAUAGCAUUGUUGAUGACAUGUUCCAUGGCUUUCCUUAUAUUAGAGAGUAGACUGAUGUGGCAGUUUUUAAUUAGUUUAGAUCGUUCCUGCUUCUGUUGACAGGCCUUGUGUGAACAGUUUUGUACUUUUUUUGGGUAGAUGCCAGUGUGCUGAACUGUACUGAAGCAUCUUGGCUAGGAGCUUGGCUAUUUCUGGAUCAUAGCUGAAAUGUUAUCUGGUCUCAGUUAUAGAAUCAUAGAAUCCCUACAAUGUGGGAACAGGCCAUUCAGCCCCUUGAGCCCACAAUGCCCCUCUGAAG